CUCAACAUUAACUACCGCAUCCACGUUCCACACUUGAAUGAGCCUUGAUGAACCUUCAAGGCGCCAACGUACCGCCUUGCUCCGCUAUGAUGGAUGCCUUUUUUCACAACCUGUUCAUAUUAAGCCCGCCUCUCGCUAGCACUUCAGUCAUUCCGCAUACUAUUUCUCGCGAAACCACUGCUUAAUAUAGUCCCAACAAGAUCAUGUCUGAUCUCGGUCUCGUAAGCAAUUGUUUAAGCACUAAGUGCCUGAACGAACUCCACAAUAUCGAAAGUGGACGCCUGAGCAUUAACACCGUCACGUUGUCAAUUACUAUCAUUGUUCUCUCUUUUUUCCUCGAAAUAGUCGUACACACAAGCCUCGACCAUCGAGCUUCCGCUACAGAACCCACCGAUUCCGAGAACGAUGUUAAUGACCUGGACACACCAACACCUUCAAAUGCCACACUAGAAGACCGAGCUUCCGUUACACAGCUCACCUCCUCCGAGGAAGCUAUCAAUACCCAAGACACUCUAACACCUUCAAAUACCCCACCCGAUGUCCGCGCUAAGCGAUUAAUUUGCGCAAUAUUUCUCAUCACUCCCAUUUGCAUCGCCUUCGGGUUCCGCAUCCAAGACACAAUACUACAUUACCCAACCGCCUGCAAUUGCCCAAACAAUCCCCACAUUGCACCGCCGAACUGGUGGGCUAUCACCAUCUUCAACAUUUUACCCUUCGUCUGCGCAUGCUCUGCCUUCCUUAGGGCAUUGACGGAUUGUAUCCUUGCGCGGUGGAAUAAGAGUCUACGUGAUGAAUGGUGGCCGGAGUACGCACCUAUUGUGGCGAUUGCGUGGAUGGUUCUGAUACUGCCUGCGGUUGUUGGAGGGAUAUUCUGGUUCGUUGCGAUGUGGUUUAUGGGGGCUUUGGAGACGGAAAUAGGUCAGAACGCCAAGGUGAAGGUUCCUCAGGAUGAGGAGAGUCAGGUGUUGGUGAACAGUAUGGAUGAAAGGGAGAGGGAGGGGGAGGAUGACGAGGAGACGAUGUAUAGUCUGCGCAGUUCAGCGGAGUUGACUGGGUGUGAGGGUGACUUAAAGAUGUCGAAUAUUUUGUAA